ACGCGAGCGCUUCUACUUGCCCUGGUCGAGCGAGACUGACAUUCUAGCAUUGUGGAGAGCUUCGACGUACUUAAGGGGAGCUACUCUACCGGCGGUCCUGAGUGUGUUCUAAACCGGGAUGUUUUAUGUAGAACAACGAGUGUUUUUAGCAUUAAAAAUGUUUACAGCGAUAUAUACGACGCUUAUUAAUACAUUCGUUUUACGUCGCGGCCGUAUGGGCAUUAACUGUUGUAAACCGACGAUUACUGCUAAAACAAAUCUGAACGUUUAAACUAUGUGCUAAACUUUAACUUCGUUGCCUCUAGUUUCUCUCUGUAGACUGUCGCGUGGAUGCGUAGAGCCUUCCUGUUGUUUCGAUCACUUCAUCAUGACCAAAGAGGAGGAGAUCCCCGACUGGGUGGGCGCCCAGGAGUUCUACGACAAAUAUGAGCCCAAGGAGAUACUGGGAAGAGAAUGAGAGCACUAAUUGUCAUUCCCCUCCAUUUCUCGGGGAGUGAGCAGCGUCGUGCGUCGCUGCGUGGACAAACGCACGUCUCAGGAGUACGCCGUGAAGAUUAUAGACAUCACCCCCUCGGACAAGAUGACGCCGCAGGAGAUCGAGGAGAUCAGGGACUCUACAGUGAAGGAGAUUGAUAUCCUCAAGAAAGUCUGUGGACAGGAGAAUAUUAUACAGCUAAAAGAUUGCUAUGAAUCCAACGUAUUCUUCUUCCUGGUUUUCGACCUGAUGAGAAAGGGUGAACUUUUUGACUACCUCACCGAGAAAGUAACCCUGAGUGAGAAGGAAACAAGGAACAUCAUGCGCGCCCUGCUGGAUGUGGUUCACUUUCUCCACGAGCACAACAUAGUCCAUCGAGAUCUCAAACCUGAAAACAUCCUUUUGGAUGACCAGAUGAACAUCAAACUCACAGACUUUGGCUUCGCCGUGCAAAUGCAAUCGGGACAGACGCUUAAAGAGGUGUGUGGGACUCCUGUAUAUCUCGCUCCUGAGAUCAUCCAGUGCUCCAUGGACUCUGGCCACCGCGGAUAUGGAACGGCUGUAGACAUAUGGAGUGCGGGUGUGAUCAUGUUCACACUGCUGGCUGGCUCUCCACCCUUCUGGCACAGGAAACAGAUGCUAAUGCUGCGUAUGAUCUUGGCCGGGGAUUACAGUUUCUCAUCCCCUGAAUGGGACGACCGCUCUGACACGGUCAAAGAUUUGAUCUCUCGGAUGCUCGUAGUGGACCCGAAGCAGCGUUACACAGCCAUCGACGUGCUCAAUCAUCCGUUCUUCUCCCAGUAUGUGGUAGACGAAGUCCGACAAUUUAGCCCGUACAGAAAAUUCAAGGUCAUCUGCCUCACAGUACUCGCCACCAUGCGCAUCUACUGCAGCUACCGCAGAGUCAAACCUGUCACCAAGGAGGUGAUCAAAAGUGACCCGUACGCAGUCAAGCCCAUUCGCAAGCUCAUUGACGCGUGUGCCUUCAAGAUCUACGGCCACUGGGUCAAGAAGGGCCAGGCGCAGAACAGAGCGGCACUUUUCGAGAACACUCCCAAGGCCAUCCUGCUGUCCAUAGCGGCAGAGGCAGAUGAGCCAGUCCAGCAUAUAUGGUAAUAAACAGCUGGAUAGCCAAGAAUA